AUGUCCGGCUCGCCAUCAUAUCACCGAUCUCCACCCGCAGAGGAGGAGGAAGAUAGCCCGAGAUCGAAGCGCCGUCGUGUCGGACCCUCGCCGACACCCUUAUUCGAUCAGUCGGCGGAACCGGGGCCGUCAAGACUUCGAUCAGAGCCGCGCAGGAUACCGUCGCAUAGCCCCUCAGGUCAAAGCUCGGCUGAUGCCGAUGCCGACGGCGAGGACAUCAGUGGGAGUGAGGAGGACGAAGAGGAGGAUUCAUCAGCCGGUGGAUGGUCAUAUGAGCUAGUGGUGAUACAGCAUCCUCAGCGAGCGCGAGCAUGUGGUUUUGGAGACAAGGAUCGGCGUCCGCUCUCGCCUCCUCCGAUAUUGCGCUUAUACAUCCGCACAGCAUCAGGACGACUUGUCCCUCCAGAUAAGAUACCUACACACACUUUGAUGGUCAUGGUCGAUCUAUGGUCCGCCGACUCGACACAGCAGCGAAACGUGGUCAUGCACCCGUCAUCCUCUUCGGCUGGACGUCCGGUCUCCCCUCUCCCAGCCCCAGGGGCCACUCCGGCAAUGGUGGAAGCAGAGACCACUUCGAGACCGACAACAGCGGAUAGGCCGCUCACGUCUCAUUACCCCACCACCGGCUGGGGCUGGUCCGAAGCGCCGCUGCCCCGUAUCCCAGCGGGCCAGUCGACCGGUCCAUCUCCGCAUACACGCAUGACCGGCUCAGUGCAGAUCCAAGACCAUCUCCCCGUUCCAUCCUACCCAGACUACUCGCAGCCCCGUCCGGCGUCAAGUCCAAUACCAAGUCAUCACUAUCAUCUUGCCCCACUCGCUGCCUUCAACUCACCUCGACCCCUGACUGCCCCGUCCUCUACCCUCCGCCCACUUCACACCGGCCCUACGCCCCGCAGCGGAUCUAUCCACCUACCACCUCUGUCUACUAUCACCGAGAAUCUCCCUCCAGCUUCUCCAAUUACCAUGACCAUCCAUACCGUCCGCGACUCGUCUGGAAGGCCAACAACGGCCACGACGACCACCUCGUACGGUACCGGUCGACCAAGCACGUCUACCUCUGAGUGGACGACGAAUGCCUCGCGCCCAUCCUGGUCGACCGAGUCGAGUCGGCAAGCUACCGAUUACUCUUUCGGUCGGACGUCUACAUCCACGUGGAACACCUCGUCCACGUCGUCGGACGGGGCCGAGCGGGAACGUCCAGUCAUCACCGGCUGGCCUCCUCCUCGUACUUCCUCACUGGCGGCGAUGACCAGUCCCCAAUUCGCGCCCUUAACGCCUCGGCCCGCAUCGUCCGGUCAGGCUUGGAGCAGAGGCGUCGAGCACUCAGUCUUGCCCGUCCGACCGUCUACUUCCGGCCACCCUACGUCGAGUCGUUUUCGGAAUACCCCCGCCUCUCGCUCUACCUCUGGCCUCGUGCCCGCUCCAUUGGCUACCUCCCUGCCGGAAGAAGAAUCAGAGGACGAGGAGGACAGCUCCACACCGACCGGCGGCGGCAACUUCUCGCGCGUCCUCGUCGGCUCGGUCUGCGCCAUCUGUCAGCGCCUGACAGAUGAGAACGGGAAUGAGGGGUUGUUCUUUUUUACGCACGACCUCGCCGUGCGGACAGAGGGGACAUUCCGGCUCAAGUUCUCUUUGUCUGACUUAUCAUCGCUUCUGGGUGGGCAGAUGCAACCUGGUGAUGGUUCUGCCGUUCUCGCGCAAGCAAUCAGCGAUCCCUUCUCAGUACACUCGGCCAAGAAGUUUCCGGGUGUUAUUCCCACCACGGAGCUCACGAGGCUGUUUGCGAGCCAGCAUGUUAGAUUGCCAACGAGGCAGAAACGCAAGGCGGGUACGGAGGGUGAAGAGGGGGAUGAGGAUGAAGAGGGUGGAUAG